AUGGCAAACAUAUACAAAUACAAGCACCAAGGCCAAGACGGUUCAGCUUUUUACAAUUAUAAAGGCCAGCACAGUAUUGUAUUGCUCGCAAUUGUGGAUGCCAAUUAUAAAUUUCUGUACGUUAAUGUUGGAAUGAAUGGUAGAAUAUCGGAUGGAGGAGUAUAUAGAGAAAGUGAUAUAUGUAAAGCCAUUGAGCAAAAUAUAUUAAAUUUUCCAGAUGACACUCCACUUCCGAGUCGAACAAAACCAGUACCAUUUGUUAUUGUGGCUGAUGCUGCUUUCCCUUUAUCACAACAUGUACUAAAACCAUAUCCCUUCAAAAAUAUGACUAAAGAGCAACGAGUAUUUAAUUAUAGGUUAAGCAGAGCCCGUCGUGUUGUCGAAAACGCUUUUGGCAUACUGGCAAAUCGGUUCCGUGUUUUAUUACAUAUAAAUCCGCUAGGACCAACAAAAGCAAAAGUUGUGACACAAUGUUGUUGUGUUUUACAUAAUUUUUUAAAAACAGAAGUACCAAGUUAUUAUAUUGGAGACAAUACAGAAGCUGAAUUGGAUCACACCUAUACAUUGCAAUACGGUCUAAGUGCUCAGGGGGGUAAUAGAGUUAAAAAUGAAAUUUUGGCAAUACGUGAAGAAUUUAAGCAAUAUGUUAAUCAAGAAGGAGCCGUUUCUUGGCAAGAAAGUAUGAUUUAA